ACCGAAUCUUAGCACUACGUUAUUGCAGUUUCCGCUUUCAUUUAUGUAGAAACGAAGACUCAAAAACAUCGAAGUACAGUCAGACUGGAGCCCACCCGAGGCUCUCAUCUCUAUGUCCGAUAUGUCGGACUGCACUCGGGUCAUACAUUAUGCGACCAGCAUAUUAUGCAGCAAUAAAGGCUCCAUGGAAAUGUCCCAGCUGCACCGGAGGGUCUUCCAGCGUUUUGAGAUCAGCGAAGCAGAUUUUUGGUACAUCGUCAAGAAAUGCGCCCGCUUCGUUAUGGUCCAGAGCAGACCCGGAGAGGAGGAUGCAGAAUCAGACUGCACAGUUGUCGCCAAGACAUCUCUGAGACUCUGCAAGAAAUAUUCCAAGAAUGAAUGUUACGAGUGCCAAGACUUGCACCUCUGCAAGUAUUUUGUCUACGGGAACUGCAGAUAUGGAAAAGGAAGGAAGGAGUGUAAAUUCUCUCAUAACAUCCAGUCACAGCAUAACUAUCCCCUGCUGCGCGAGUGUACGCUUCAUGAACUGAACGAGGACGAUCUUUUCCUGCUUCUACUCCAAAACGAUCCCGCCCUGCUGCCAGAGGUGUGUGCUCACUAUAAUAAAGGCACGGGUGUUUUCGGGGCCUGUACCUUUAUGGAGCGCUGCACUAAAGUGCACAUUUGUCAGCACUUUGUGCACGAUACCUGCCUGUUCGGGCCCAAGUGCAAACGGCAACACAGCAUCGACGGGUACAGCCGCAGGAUGCUGGAAGAACGUGGGCUCAGUGGUGACAUCAUCCGUGAACUGCCUUACAUCUACCAGAAUGUGUAUCGGCUGAAUUCGCAACCUCAAAGCAGUGAACUGAUAUCUGAUCAAGGCAUCAAACCGGUCGCUCAGAUGGAGAAGAAUGAAAUCUGUCUCCACUUUAUAAGACGGAAGUGCAAGUUUCAGGACCAGUGCGUUCUUGUCCACUUUAAUCUUCCAUAUAAGUGGGAGCUUUACGAUGGGAAAGGCUGGAGGGAAUUAAGAAAUAUGGAGGACAUAGAGAGAGCUUAUUGUGACCCAAAGAAUGAAUACAGUCCAGGCUCAAGGCCAGUGAAUUUUGUGUCCAUGACCAAGAACGGUGACCCUGUGCGCCGGCUUUCUACAGUCUCCUCAGUCUCCAAACCCGCCCACUAUUUCUUGACAACCCAGUGGAUUUGGUACUACAAAGGAGAUCAUGAAAACUGGAUAGAGUACGGUCAUCCGGAUGACAAGCAACGUGCCACUUCUGUCACAUCCAGAGAGCUGGAGAAAUCUUUUCAAGAGGACAAUAAUGCAGAAGUUACUGUCAUAAAAGGCAAUAGGCAUUACUAUGUCAGUUUCCAAGAUAUGUAUCAGAGGAACCCCAAACACAACACAAAGAGAAGGGUGCGGAGACGACCACGCUUUGUGUCUAUCAGUGAGGUGGAAAGUAAAGCUGCCCAGUGACAGAACAAACACACAACACACUUUAUGCUCACACACCUGAGCACAGACAUUCAAAUUAUGAGUUACUGCAUUCAUUUCUUGCCAUUUAACUCUCACAAACUGUAUGGAUAUAGUAAGGAACGUGCAGUUGCUUUGGGUAUUAGUCAACUAUAUUCCUUCCAUCAUUUUUAACCAUCAGAAAACGUGGCUGCAUCUAUUUCUAUCUUUUAGCUCAAAUGUCUCAUUAUUUUACCCUCCAAUGGACAUAUGUAUAUACUGUGACUUCAGUGUGGUUUUACUGUGGGUUUUUCAUGCCUGGAUUUACCUACAGUGAACGUGGUAUCUUUUUGGGUUGAUGUGGAUCAGCUCAUGAGGUCUUUUUACAAAUCAUGUAUUGGACAAUAAACACAUUUCUUUCCUAUUCUGUUUUCUGUAAAAAAA